CCCUGUGACUGAGAUGUUAAGCUUAUGAGGAUGACUUCAGUCAAAGCUGCACUGUCUGUGAUACUAGCAGGACACCUGCUGAUUGGAGUGUCUGCAGAACUGAAAAUGUUGACAGACCCUACAAGUUUAACUUUGAAGAAAGGAUCAACUGUUUUAUUUCAGUGUACUAUACAGGAUUUGGGGUCAAAGAAGGUGAUCUGGAAAAACUUAAUAGAUGGGAGCAAAAUCUCGGUGAACUCUGAAAUUCUUACCCAGGAUAAAUACAAAUACACUAUAGAAAGACCCCAAGACACUCAGCAUUUCCCUUUCCACCUUCGGAUUUAUGAUAUACAAGCCAGGGACCAGGGUCAUUACCAAUGUUUUGUGGACUCCGAUCAUACAGUCUCCGUCACACACACAUUGACAGUGGAGGAGGCCCCUACAACCCCAGCACCAGGGAGCGCCACCUCAGAUUUCAAUGUCACAGAUUGCUGUUUGGCUCAGAAUAUGAGCAGCUCUUGUUUACCAGUGUGUCAUCCAUCAUCCAGACCAACGGACCUGAACGUGGUUACAGCAUGUGCUCUUGAUUUUGAUAAAGUGUUAAAAUGUGGUACAGAUGGAAGAAACCAUGUGGGUUGCUGUAAGAGGAGAAACCUGCCUGAUAUUUGUCUGGACUUUUGUUCGGGGACCAUGCCGGCCAGUCUGAACGACAAACAUCUGACCUGUCUACAGCAGCUGGAUGACAUCCUGGCCUGUCUAGAGGAAGGUCAAGACUUGCUGCCCGGCCCUCCCACCUCUGUUUCUGUCGUACAGAGUGUGACCGACGACCAGACAGCCAUGCUGGUGACCUGGAAACCACCCAAUCAGAAUCCACAACUAGUGACGGGAUACAAAAUCUUCUACAAACUAACCAAUGAUGCCCACUACAAAACGACCCGUUUACUGAGUAAGGAUCAGCUGAUGUACAGACAGGUGGGACUACAGUUUAAUGUCCAGUACAGUGUGUACAUGGUAGCUGUAGGGGACCACGGGUCGAGCCAGCGCUCCGAGAAGUUCAUCAUCACAGUCUUACCAACGUCUCCAAAGUCAGAGACGGAGGCUGAUAUAAGAGCCUGCUGCUCCAAGAAGGGAGUGAGUGAUGACUGCCUACCUAAACUGUGUACAGCGGACAUCAUGGCAAACGUUAACCCAGUAGAAAUUCUACGAUGUUACCCAGACUUGGAGAAAGCACAGCAGUGUCUUGUGGGCCAGAGGAACCACAGUGCUUGCUGUGCCAGGAACGGUCUCCCGGACGUCUGUCUGUCUAUCUGUGAGGGGAAGCCCACAAACCUGACCUUGGAUUACACUGCCUGUGUUAUUAGACUACCAGUCAUUGAUGCCUGUGUUCAGGAGGGUAGAGCCACAAUCCCAGGACCCCCUAUCAACAUAACGGUUCUGCCCGGAGCCACCGAGGCCAUGGUUACCUGGGCUAAUGAAGGCGCCAAGGCCACAAAAUAUGUCCUUAUGUACAGAGUUCUAGGAAUGGACAGUUCAUCUUACAUCCAGGUAGAUGCCACUGAGCCACCUAUACAACUGACCAACCUUUACCCAGGAACUCAUUACGAGUUUAAGAUGGUAGCAUCCAAUGAAAAUGGUUCCAGUCUAUUCUCAUCAAAAGUCGUUUUCCUUACUUAUGAGAGAGAAAUAACAACACCUGCCCCAACACAACCCAGUGGACUCCACAACCUCACAGUUUGCUGUAUGGAUAAGAGCGUCAGCAGUAAAUGUAUGCCUCUAUGUUCCCUGGAUGCUAUAGCCUCGGGUUCACUAGACUUCUCCAUGGCACUCAACUGCAUUGAUGAAAUAGCAAAAAUCAUCUCCUGUGCUUCUGAUGGCAGAGAUCACACAGCAUGUUGUAGAACGUCUCUUGUUCCUGAAACCUGUGACAAUCUUUGUCGAUUUUCUGCACAUGAUGAGCUCUCCGCAGAUCUGAUUACCUGUGUUCAGCAUACAGCGACAAUCGCAAACUGCUACAGGGAAGGACUGACUAUGUUACCGAGACAGCCUCGGAAUUUCACGGUUGUGAAAUAUACAGCACACGCUGUGUAUCUGAGCUGGAGACAACCAGAGGCCACCAGUACUCGGGUCGAAAAUUACACUGUCAUCUAUUACACAGAAGAUGAGAGGAAUAAAAAGUGGAAAACCAUUUCCACAAAGAAUUUGGAGAUGAUAGUGAAUAACCUACAGCCCAGCACGGUGUACUACUUUGAAGUUGUGUCGGUCAAUGAGAACGGAACAAGUGCCCCCGCCCCAGAACUGAAAGUGAUGACCAGGCCGUAUGAUAAUAUCACUAUCCCUGAUAGAUGUAACUUCACAAUGAAGAAUGAUUCAGAUGUCCGUACAGAUUUACUUAUGUCGAGGAAUAUCUCGGGCAGUGUGGGGGAUUGUAAGACGUUCUGUUCUGUCCCUCAGUGUCGGGGAUUCACCUACUCCCGUCAGAACCAAAUGUGUAUACUGUACAUGGACAAAGUCCCUCUCCAGACCUACCCCAGGCCAGGCUUCGAUUAUUAUAACCACACAUGUCCUCUGGCACCAGACAAUGAACGUCCUGGAAACUGGAGUCUGCAAUUUCAGAAUAGAACAGAUUGCUGUCAUAACAUCAACAUAUCAUCUGACUGUUUGGACGCUUGUCUGAAUGGAGACUUUCAGAGUGUGUAUAAAUGUGAGACAGACUAUAACAAGAUACUCACCUGUGCUUCAGAUGGGCGUGACCACACACCGUGCUGUCAGAAUGCUAACGUGCCCGGUCAGUGUCUGCCAUUCUGUAGAGGUCAGCUGGUUCCCACGACGGGCAUCAACUCUCUAUGUCUGACCUACAGCCCGCUAUACAUGCGCUGCUUCCUCAACGGAACUCAAUAUCUGCCCACUCCUCCUGUGUCAGUCACUGUGAAGGCAGUGAAUGGCACCACCAUGGUGGCAUACUGGGGACCACCAGCAGAAAACUGUGACACCACAAAUCAGUGUCACUAUGUAGUAUCCCUCAACAUGUCAGCAAAUAACAGAACACAGUUUAGGACAAAGGAAACGAACAUUGUACUUACAGGACUGACCCCCAAGAAGACGUACAUGGUAUCCUUACUGGCAAUCAAUCAGUAUGGAAGCAGUAUCCCGAGUCCUGUAGUUAAAUUUGUCACCCCUGUAUCAACUUCUGAUGUUGACAUAUCGGUAACACAGAAACCGUUUUACCCACCUCCACAGAAUGGGGAAGUAGAACUCUUCUGUAAUGUUUAUGCAGCUGGCAGAGAUUUCAAUUUUGUUUACUGGAUACGGAACAAUAAGAUAAUACGUAAGGGGAGACAACUGACAAUGAGAGGACUGAGUGAGAAAGAUGAGGGGAAUUAUACGUGUAGUGCUAAAGACGACAGGGGGACUGUCACUAAUGUCACACAUUACCUCAGGAUCAUCUAUAAACCUAAGGCUGUUAACCUGGUAGAUGUCAGAUAUUUAGCCAAUCAGAAUCAGGUUGCCAAACUCCAGUGUGACUUCAUGGGAUAUCCAACCAAAAUACAAUGGUUUAAGGGAGAAGAUAAAAGACCAGUUGAGGAAUUAACAGACUAUUUUCAUGCCAAGUCAAUGCUGAUAUCAUUUCCAACUUUCCAGCGAUCGGUUUUGUCCAUAUAUUACGUAGUGGACAAAGCUUUUGAUCGCUACACCUGUGUUGGUUCUAACGAAUUUGGAAAUGGGUCAGGAGUAGUGCAGCUAAAAAAUGACCUUCCAAGUCCCACUGUUACAACACCCCCUCCCCCUCCACCCACACGGAAUGUCUCAGCAUGCUGUGCUAACUAUGAGUUGCCUCCAGUCUGUCAGGAGUUGUGUACCUUGGACAUAGAUCUUGAUAAAGUAGCAGCUCAGUCCACAAAGUACGGCCAAUGUCUGGCUUAUCUUCAGUUCUUCACAAGCUGUGCCUCAGAUGGUAAAGAUCACUCUAAAUGCUGUCAGAGGGAGGGAGUACAUCCAUUCUGUGUCAAGUUCUGUACCGGCUUCGUUCCUGAUGAUACUGGAUCUAUCUACCUAAUGAACUGUGUGUCAGAUGCCAAGAUCAUGCUGCAGUGUGUACAGGAAAAUGUAGAGCUUAUUCCUGGUCCUCCAAAAGUGCGAGCCAUACAGGAUAAAGAUGUCAUUGAUGUGAGCUGGGAUAAGCCUCAAGACAAUGCACACAGAGUCGAACAUUACGAGCUGUUCUGGCAGGGUAGUGAUACCCCCUCUUCACCACAACAAGUCUCCCUGUCCAGAAAUAUUACUGACUACAAAAUAAAAAGAAUUAAGGAGGAUGUUACUUAUAGUAUCUGGGUCAUAGCUGUCAACGAGAAAGGCUCCAGUCAACCGAGUAACAAACAGAAUAUCACAGUCAAAAAUCUGCGGCCAUCCAAGCCGACCAGUCUACAUGUGUCUGAAGUGAACGGUGAGAGUGUGGUAUUAAAGUGGGAUCCCCCAGAAAACCACGCUGUAGUGGACAGGUACACGAUCAGAUACAGGAAGGCUGGGACCAGUGAUGACUUUAUGGAGAUUACAGCUCGCAACACUGUCACAACUUAUGUGGUGACAAAACUUGAACCCAACACACUAUACGAGUUUCAGCUGAUAGCUGUGGGCCCUAACGGUAAAAGUGAGACUGCAGCCCUAGCCUCACCACUCAAUUCAGGCCCAAGUACAAGUCCCAAGAGAGUUAAGGAUCAGGGUAAUUCUGCUGUUCCGCUGGGAAUUGGUCUGACUGCGUUGAUCAUUUUAUUGGCUGGAGGACUUGUAGCAGUGUAUCUGUACUGCAGGAGAAAGAGGAAAUCAAACUUUGGAGAAACUGUCUCAUUUGAAAAUCCCCAGUAUGGCAGCAGAAUUCAGAUAUCUGGCUUGCCUAACAGUACAUAUGACUCCACCAGUGACGAGGGGUUUGGUUACGCCCCGCUGAGAGAGGACCAUGACGUAGAACAUCGACCGACAGAUAAAUCGAACCUCCGGGACGAUUCUACGAUGGAUGUGGCUAUAACGUAACUCGAGAAUUAGAAACAGUUUCCCACCAGAUCAUCAUUUACUCAAACUUCAUCAAAUCUGUCCACUGGAUGGAUUGUUGCAAUAUAUCAAAGUCCCCACAUUAUACACUCAACGUGCUCAAGUCUCCUAAUAUAAAACAGAGGACUGUUCUGAUUUAAUUAUAUAAAAACACAUCUAGAAAGACAUUCGAUUGGCGAUUUUGUAUGGGUAAUGCAAUUAUUAUACACCUAUUUUUAGGAUUCUAUAUAUCCGUCCCAGAUUUUCAGAGCCAGAAAUGUAUGCUGUCGUCUUUAGUUCUUUUUUUCAGUUUCACGUAGAUAAUGGAUGUAUUUGUGUUUUUUUAAGCUUGAAGUUUUGAAAUCAAAACAACAUAUACUAAACAGUUCUUGAUUAUGUAGAACUGACAUUAUUAAUGUUUUUUAAACAUCAGGUGCCUGUAUUAUAAAUGUCUUUGUGGAUCUCUCAGUUUAGCAGUUUUAAUUGAAGGGAUUUAUAAAGAUUUUCUCACUGCCAAAACUGCAUGUUAUAAUUAGGGUAUGAAUUUAGACAGUUGAGAUUCAAUCCUUUUUAUGUGAACUUAACAUUGGAUGAUUAAUGUGAUAUUUAUCUUCUAGAUAAAACUACAUAAAUUUCAAAAUAAGUUCAGAUUUUCAUCAUUUUAUAGAUUUUUUUCAGUAAAGUCUUAUUUUUUUUUUUUGCAAUAUGAGCUACAUGAAUGUAGUCCCUGAUGUUUUACAUGUUCUACCUUAUUUUUGUAUGAAGCUUUUGUAAAAAAAAAAAUUGUUUGUAUCGGCAAUUUUUUUCUUUCUUCAUUGUAUCACUUUUAGAAGCACUUUUGAGAAUCAACUCUAUGACAAACAAGAAUUUUUAAUUUUCAGAAAAAAGCAUUAUUAGAAUGGACAGGUAAGAUAAAAAUUGUAUAUCAGUUCUAAAAUAAGAUGACAGUAUGAGACUCUGGAACAUUUGAUAUGUGCAUUUUUAUAAUCAAUUUCAAAAUAUCCUUGGCUGAAAACUUUUGGGACGUAUCUUUCUAAACUUUGAAAAAUAAGAGUGCAUCUCCUACAUAUGUGGGUACAUUCCAAUCAUUUACUUUAUUCACAAGAAACUCUAGCAUUAUCAAAUGGGUCAUCCUGUACCUCCUAAUAAAUUGUAGUUCAUGUGAAAUUAAUAACAUCUGAUAUGGAUUUUUUUUCUUAUAACAUUCAUGAUAUAACAAAUGGUUUAUGGUUACAUGUUUGGACUUUUU